CGGGAGGGUAAAAUAGGGCUAUCAGUUCCACUCAGAUAACCCCCCCCCCCCCCUGCAUUGCCACACCGUGACCCCGGGGGCCUGAACUCGUGGUCAUGUGACCGGGCCGAAACUGACCAGCAGGGCUGAGAGGCGGAUCAGUGAGAGAAGAGAAGAGAGAGGGGAAGAAGAGAGUCAUGAGGCCUGUACGCUGUUCCUGAGGAGGAUACGUGUGUGAAUGGAUGACAGGGAGAACAGGAGAGACAUGAGAUGGAUUCGUGGGAAGAUGAGCAGGCUGAGCAGCGCUCUUGUCUGAUCUGUGGAGAUCGAGCCACAGGACUUCACUAUGGCAUCAUCUCCUGUGAGGGCUGCAAGGGCUUCUUCAAGCGCAGCAUCUGCAACAAGCGUGUGUAUCGCUGCAGUCGCGACAAGAACUGCGAGAUGUCCCGCAAACAGCGCAACCGCUGCCAGUACUGCCGGCUGCUCAAGUGCCUGCAGAUGGGGAUGAACCGCAAAGCGAUCAGAGAAGAUGGCAUGCCGGGAGGAAGGAACAAAAGCAUCGGGCCUGUGCAGAUUUCCGAUGAGGAGAUUGAACGGAUCAUGUCCGGACAGGAGUUUAAGGAUGAAGCUAACAUGCCGGAACACACCUGGGGAAACAACGGCGACAGCGACCACAGUUCUCCCGGCAACGGCGUCUCCGAUGGGAAUCAGCCCUCGCCCGUAUCCACACUUUCCUCCAACCGCUCUGUGGAGCUGAACGGCUACACCGCUGCUUUCAGGGAACAGUACAUUGGUAAUGCGAUGGCCCAGCACUAUCAGUUCCUGCCUCACCUGUUCGGAUACGCCGCGCAGCCGCGGAGUCUGUACCCGCAGAGCCAUACGCUCAUCAGCCAGCUGGUGGCAGCAGAGGAACUGGCCCCGCUAGCUACGCCAAUGCUCAUCGAGGACGGGUAUCGGGUCACUCAGGUGGAGCUGUUCGCGCUGUUGUGUCGGCUGGCAGACGAGCUUCUCUUCAGGCAGAUCUCCUGGAUCAAGAAGCUUCCCUUCUUCUGCGAGCUGUCCAUCGAGGAUUACACGCGUCUCCUGAGCGCCACCUGGCAGGAGCUGAUCCUGCUGGCCUGUCUGACGGUCUACAGCGCUCAGGUGCUCGGAGACCUCGCCGGCGUUACCGACAAAUACACCCCGUCAGACGAAGAGCUGCAGAGUUUCAGUGAGGAUGGGAUGGAGGUGAUGGAGAAACUGAUAUAUCUGUUCCGUAAGUUCCACCAGUUGAAGGUCAGCAACGAGGAGUACGCCUGCAUGAAGGCCAUCAACUUCCUCAACCAAGAUAUCCGUGGUCUGACCAAUGUGACCCAGCUGGAGCAGUUGAACAAACGUUACUGGUACGUUUGUCAGGAUUACACUGAGUACAAGUACCCUCACCAGCCCAAACGCUUUCCCGAGAUCAUGAUGUGUCUGCCAGAGAUCCGCUGCAUUGCAGGGAAGUUAGUCAACAUCCCGUUGGAGCAGCUCCCCCUGCUGUUCAAGGCAGUAUUGCACUCCUGUAAGUCAAGUCUGAGCAACUACAGGACAGGCUCCUCCCCCUGCGUCACGAAGGGCUCUGCUCCUGCCAACUAAGCCCCGCCCCUCCCUUGAAAACACCCUCCCCAUCUUAUUGCACGGGGGCGGGUGUUAUAUUUGGGGGUGGGGCUUCCGGUACGCUCCUCCUCCUCUCAUGAAUGUGAUAAGAAACUAUUUUAUGCAUUUUGUUUAGAUUAGUGUUGUUUUUUCUCUCUAUUUAUUACCAGACAGAGCUGAAUGUAUGUUGAUCCACACUGUGCACAUGCUCCUUUUCAAAAUGAAAAUGCACAAAAAGCGCAGUGGAUUUCACACGCUUCAGUCCAACUGCGAUAUGUGACGUGUAACCACUGAUCGGUUAAGGUUUUAUUUGAUACGUCUAUCCGCUUUCUUUUGGGUGCUGAUAGGGACAGAUAAGUAUGAAAGGAAUUGUUGUAUUGAAAGACUACCUCAGGAAGAAAACCUUUCUCUCUCUGUCUUGCGACGCUCCGGGAAGUUUCGUUUCUGCGGUCCUCGAACACGUUCAAUAGUCGCGUGACCUCUUCAACGCGUGGUUUUUAUUUUCCUAUGCAAGGCCACGACGGAGAGGGGGAUUGUUUACACUAAAGAGAGGUGUACGCGUAUGUUUCACAAUCAUAGGCUGAGGACGAAGUGAGGAUUUUACUUGACAACAGAAUAUGUGUGUUGAUAUUGUUUAUGUUGAUUUCUUUCUCUUUUUUUAUUGUUUUGACCAAAGUGUUAUGCAAAUCUGGAGGGAAGUAAGCCCUUAUUUCUGGGGAGAAUAAAAAAAUUACUUUCUUAGUAUUUAUGUCUUGCUUUCCAGUACAAAUAUCUGAACUUUUUUAGAUCAAGAUUAGGGUUGCAAAGGGGCUGAACAUUUCCGGUAAAUUUUCAGAAACUUUCCCAAAAAUCCCGGAAAGUUUCCCAAAAAUCCUGGAAAGUUUCCCAAAAAUCCUGGA